AUGAUUAACGCGAUAGACGGGAAAACAGGCACCUCACAAGACCGCCGUCGAGGCGGUGCGGGUCGCGGCCGAUCGCGCUCACCCCCAGGUAUUGAUCGCUAUGAACCCCAAGAUCGCAAUCGUGGUGCCCGCGGUGACGAAUACUACACACCUACUCGAGACACGAGAGACUAUACGCCUCGCGAUCGUGAUGACCGUCGUCGAGCUGCUUCCCCAGCUGUGAUUGAUCGCUACAUCCCGGGCCAAGAUGCAGGCAAACGAAUCGUUCCUACAAAUCCGCUUCCGAAUCCCAUGUCGCUCGAUAUUCAGGUCGGUUUUACGUGGUUUGCUGAGUGGUGGAGGGCAGAACAGAAUAUCAAAGAGGAGAAAGAGCGCGCUAAACACGGCGGUCGUCACCCUUCAGAUCGCGUCAAGGGCGAAAAGGAAGCUCGCGAAGAUCGCGACAAAGAGAAGAGCCUGAUCCAGGCGGCCUACGAUACUUACAAGGCAGAUUUGCAGAUUAAGAUGUCGCGCACAUUUGUUAAGCAGCAUCGCGGUGAGGAGUGGUUCAAAGAGCGAUAUGUGGCAGAAGUUCGAGACCCGCUGCGACGACGUAUGAUGGAUUUUCGACGUGGUGUUUAUGAUCAAUGGGAACGCGAUAUUGAGACUGGGUAUUUCGAUGAGUUUACACUGGAAGGAAUUUACAAAAGCGAGAGCGACGGUGCAGGUGGUGUUAUUGAAAAGGAAGAAGGAGAAGCCACCGCAGUCGGAGAGACGCUUAGUGUUCUUGAUCUACUUCCGGCUCGAGGCGCGGAAUUGCGUGAUGAAGCGUUGUCCCAACCUGCAUUAUUAAUCAAGACUCUGGCGCCGAACGUGAAUCGGAACAAGAUUGAGGAGUUUUGCAAAGAGCAUUUGGGCGAACAAGAUGGUGGUUUCAGAUGGCUCAGUUUGAGCGAUCCUAAUCCUUCUAAAAAGUUCCAUCGUAUGGGCUGGAUCAUCUUGCAUCCUGCUGCGCAUGAACCUUCCUUGGUUGAAAGAGGCGAUGGUCGCGAUGAGGAAGGGGAAGAGAAGGAGGCGGAGAAUGCGCCCAACGGAUCAAAGACGGGAUCUACAGCAGAGAAAGCGCUCGAAGCUGUUAAUGACAAAACCAUUUAUGACCCUGUCAACGGAGACUUUGUUUGUCAUGUUGGUGUGCAUGUUCCUCCAUCACAGCCACGCAAAAAAGCUCUCUGGGAUCUCUUUUCCGCUCCAGAACGCAUUGAGCGUGACCUUGAGCUUGCGCGUCGUCUGGUUACGAAAUUGGAUGGAGAGAUGGGCGAUGUUGAUGCAUUUACUAAGAUUGAGUCUAAAGUGGAGGAUCUCCGACAGAGAGGUUUCUUGCAACCAACAGCACCUGCGUCAGACGCAUCAAAGAAGAAAAAUGGACUUGAUACUGAAAUGGAUGACGGGGAAGCUGAAGAGGGCGAAGAGAUGGAAGGGUUAGACGAGGAAGACGUGGACGAUGAGGAUCUUCUGGUCAAGAAAAAGCAAAUCGACUUAAUUGUGGAAUACCUUCGACGUGUGCAUAAUUUCUGCUUCUAUUGUGUCUUCGAAAGUGACUCGGUACACGAGUUGGUUCGGAAGUGCCCUGGCGGUCAUCUGCGUCGACCUCGGUCCGGCCUUAGCAACCAGGCCAAACAAGUUGCUAGAGCUAGUGCUAUGGGCGAACCAUUUCCUACUAAAAAGAAAGAGGCUAGUGAGGAUGGCGAAGAAACUCCUGCAGUAGAAGACAAGCGGCCUCAGAAGCUGUCCAAAGGCGAACAACAGCUACAGCGUGCGUUCAAUUGGGUCAAGACGUUUGAAGAUAAGCUCCUCCAAAUCCUAGAGCCCGAGAACGUGGAUCUUUCCAAACUAGGUGGGAAAGAUGUCGAGCAAGCGUUGGAAGAAGAGUUGGCAAAGUACGUCAAGCAAGAAGAUGAGUUCAAAUUCCGAUGCAAGGUCCCCGAUUGCUCGAAGUUAUUCAAGGCGGAUCAUUUUUGGCGUAAGCAUGUGGAAAAGCGUCAUGAAGACUGGUAUCAGAAUAUCAAGAAUGAUCUCUUGCUGGUCAAUGAAUACGUCCUGGAUCCGGCUCAUAUAGCACCAUCGCGAACGGACGCGAAUAGCAAUGGUCACUUCCCACUUGGCAGUAACCACGUUCAGCCAGGCACACCGCGUGGCUUCAACCUCGCUGCAAACAUGCCCUACUUUAACGGUAAUGUACCGAAUACAUUCCAAGGCAUGCAUGCAGGUAGCGGCAAUUUCUCUGGGUUCAUGGGCGUCAACCCCUCCGGUUUCAACGGCAUGAUGGGUGACGGCGCAAUGAUCUCACAUCACGGCCAACCUGGAGCGAUGCGCCGCGGUGGAGGACGGUAUAGUAACCGUUCGGGACCAUAUGAUCGACGUGGCGGAAACAGACCCAACAAUUACGGCGCUAAUCAAGGMCGUCUGAGCCCUGUGCGCGGUAUGCCAGGCAUGUUCAGCGGCGCUGGUGGUCGUCUUCCUGGCGGCGGUAAUUUUGGUAUGAACAACAUGCCGUAUGUACCACCAGGUCACCCUGCAGCCGCCAUGCUCCCACAAGGUGGUGUCGGUGGUGGUCCUGGUGGCGCAGGAGGUCCUGGCGGUUUCCUGGACGGUGGCAGUGGACAUCAAGCCAUGGGACCUAGAGAGGCGGUCCAGGGACGUAGUUUGAAGAGCUAUGAGGAUCUGGAUGCGGUGGGUGGCUCGGGAAGUGGAGAAUUGAAUUACUGA